CCUACAAAAGCUUAAGCAUUUAACAUCUUCUACUUAAUUCCGUUUUCAUGGACACUACUCUAAACUUAAUCUCCUCCUUGUUCUGUUUCUUCCUCUUCUCUCUUCUCUUAGGUCAUCAGCAACAUGUUGUCCAAGGUUCAAGUGUGGGUUUCAGACCAAAGAUGCUGUUUGUUUUCGGGGAUUCCUACGCCGACACGGGGAACAACAGGAAAGCUUUGUCGAGUUCCUGGAAACUUCCUUACGGAAUCACAUUUCCAGGGAAACCUGCUGGCCGUUUCUCCGAUGGCAUCAUUCUCACUGACUACAUCGCUGGGUACUUGAGGAUGAAGACACCGAUACCCUACAGAUGGAGGAAAGAACUGGGUGGUCGGGUGAAGGAUGGGAUGAACUUCGCUUAUGGAGGAACGGGUGUUUUCGACACUUUAGUUCCUGAGCCGAACAUGACUGCCCAGAUCGAUUUCUUGCAACAGCUUCUUAAUGACUCGGUUUACUCCAAGAGGGCCCUCAAAACUUCUGUCGCACUCGUCAGCCUUGCAGGCAAUGACUACUCUAAUUACCUCGCCACCAAAUCCUCUGCUACGGUAAUAAAAGCACUUUAUAUAUAUAUAUAUAUAUGA